AGGUUUGCUAUCACCAUCAGCCUCGGGUUUACCUCGUGAAAUGGAAGAAUCGAGCACAAAAAAGUCCAAAACAGUACCUUGAAGUUUGAACCUUGCCGUUUAUUAUCAAACAGGAUAGCAUUGCCCUUCUAUUGUUACUGUUAUCAUCGACAUUCUUAACUCUUAAGAACUGAUUCACCAAGGACCCCUCUGAAUUUCAGGGUUUUCAAUUUUCUAAACCUGCUUGAUCGAACAGUAACCAUCAAUGAAGGGGGAAGUGCAGCUUCAGCCUCCAGCGGUUAUGCAAAACCCUAGUGAUUCGGACCCUUUGCUCCAUAACCAGGAGGAAGAGGAUGGGUCUCCGGGAAGCUCUGGUGAGAUCAAGAAUGAGGAAGAAGACGUUGAGGCUGGAUUACUCCCCUGUUGUCGAAUUUGCCUCGAAAGCGAUUCCGACCCAGAGGAUGAAUUGAUAUCUCCGUGCAUGUGCAAAGGGACCCAACAGUUUGUCCAUCGUUCAUGUCUUGAUCAUUGGCGCUCAGUAAAGGAAGGAUUUGCCUUCUCACACUGCACAACCUGCAAAGCCCAAUUUCAUCUUAGAGUUGAAUCGUUUGAGGACAACUCUUGGCGUAAAAUAAAGUUCAGACUUUUUGUGGCAAGGGAUGUUUUCCUUGUUUUUUUGGCUGUACAAACUGUGAUUGCAGCUAUUGGUGGCUUUUCAUACAUCAUGGACAAAGAUGGUUCCUUCAGGAACUCAUUUGAUGAUGGUUGGGAUAGGAUACUGUCAAGGCAUCCUAUUCCAUUUUAUUAUUGCAUCGGAGUGCUGGCCUUCUUUGUACUGAUUGGGUUUUUUGGUCUCAUACUGCAUUGCUCCUCCCUCAAUAGCAAUGACCCCAGAAUGGCUGGCUGUCAAAACUGUUGUUAUGGUUGGGGCAUCUUGGAUUGCUUUCCUGCGUCAAUGGAGGCAUGCUUUGCCCUUGUGGUUGUUUUUGUUGUCAUCUUUGCAAUUCUUGGUAUAGCUUAUGGUUUUCUUGCUGCCACCAUGGCCAUUCAAAGAAUAUGGCAGAGGCACUACCAUAUCCUCACCAAGAGGGAGCUUACAAAGGAAUACAUAGUAGAGGAUCUUGGUGGCUGUUAUUUCCCACCCAAGUUGGACCCAGAACAUGAAGGUCGCUUGAAAAUGCUUAAGCUCUUGUAAAUUAGGGAGCACGCACCUGUAGAAAUGUUUUUGAAUAAUUUUGAGUAUCAAGUUGUUUCUUUAUUUGACCGUUACGGUCUCGUGCUCAGCAACCUUGUUUGCUAGUGCUUGGAAAUGGUUUAUAUCAUCGUUUUCUUUUAUUUUUUUAAACAAAGAGUCUGGAUCCUUGCCAGAUUCUGUAUACUACAAAUCUGACUGGAAAAAUUAUGAAAAUAUAUGCUGAUACUUGUCCAUGCACCAUGAUUUACCUUUAA